AAACUUUGUUUUCUGUUUAGAUUCGAGCACAGUUCCGUGAAAAAACCACAAAACGGAUACAAUGACUAUUCUGGCGAAAUUGAGGGGCGAACCCAAGGACCAGGAGAAGGUGCCACUGCCGAUGAACCUCAACGAUGAGGCUCUGAUGCAUCAUGGCUCGCUAAUCGCACCCAAAGGUGCCUACAAUGACUCCGAGGCCGAUGCCGAGUCGAUGGUCUUCAAUCGGCCGCAACACCAUUGCGUCAAGUCGUUCUUGCUCUUCCUAAUCGCUAUGGUGGUCAUGAUGAUGGGAGUGCUGGGCGGCUGGACCCUUUACAGGCUGUACGCCCCCCCGCACGCCAACAUGCGCUACCACGCACUUUGCGAGAUUCCAUAUCCUGAGGACUCGAUCGAGAUGCCACGCUUCUAUCCACGCAGCGACGAUGGGUUCGCCCAGAUCAACUGGCGGGCUCUGUUGCCGCAGUUUAGCGGCGCCAGCUCCGUCGACGGCACUGGCCUGGAGCGGCGAUUCGGUGGCGAUGAGGAUAACUUCUUCCGUGAGGAGAUCGAGCUGGACAGCAGCGAUGAGGAGGGAUACGCGAAGAUCGAUGUGCCGGACUUUAAGGACGGACGCCGCGGACGAUUCAUGCACGACUUCAAGGAGAACCAGUCGGCCAUCAUUGACACCACCACCAACCGGUGUUUCAUCAUGCCCCUCGACCGGGAGACCACCCUUCCACCCACCAGCUUCGUCGACCUGAUGAAGAAGAUGGGCACCGGAUACUACAACAUUGACACGGAGCGAGUGCGCCGUAACAUGCGCGUGAUCACGCCCCGCAUCACCGAUCUCUCGCUCAUCUCGGAGCGCAUUGCCAACGAGUGCUACGACAUGAAGGUCUACAUGAUGGAGAAGUUUAUCUCAGGCGUGUCCAAGCGGUCGGCCGAUCCUCUUCCGGAUGCCGGAAAAUAUGCCGAAUUCAUGGGCAAGGGCGUCAUCGAGUACGAUCUGUCCAACAUAGCCGAGGUGGAGGCCUACGAGGCGAGCGAGGCUGCACAGCAAGUGGCCUGAGGAGGAGGUGCUGGGGAGAGCAGCGAACCUUUUAAGCUACACUACAUAUAAAAUAACACAAACCUAAAAAAAUUAUUAAUUAGAAUUGAUUUAUAUAUAACGAAGAUCGAUCUGUUUGUAGUCGCCAGUUUGAGGUAAAUGCUUAUUAAAUCAGGUUACAACACGGACAGACAGGGCCUGCGGCCACAGACAACCGAACAGAACCGAAUCGAACCGAACCGAAAAGAA